AUGGGCUUACCAUCGAUCCUCCGGUCACUCACGACCCUCGCAGAAGCAAAACCCCACUCGAUCGUCGGUCUUGGCGGCCAUCUCGGCGAACACGUCGUUUCCGGUAGCGGGGCUGCGACAGAGGCAACCCCCGGUGAAGCAGCAGCGAUUGAGCUCGUUCCAAUGGUUGCGGCGGCUAGGGAUCCUUGCUCCGACCUGGUCUCCAACAGCUCUCUCGAUCAGGAGGAUGGGGCACAGCUGUUGGCUUCGGUGGUCCUAGUCGUCGGCGGCUGA